AUGUGCCGUUUACUACACCUUUUGGCAGCCCUGCCCGUGACGGUACUUAGUCGGCAGUACGCUCCUCGUCUGAUUGGUGGCACUACCGUGGAGAUUCAAGAUGCUCCUUGGCAAGCAUCGAUCGUGAUCAAAAAUGAACCCCUAUGCAGCGGAGCCAUCAUCAUGGAGAACCUCAUUCUGACCAGCGGCUGGUGUGUCCACAGGGUCCCCACCUCAGAGCUGAAAGUGCGCGUAGGCACCAGCUCCCGGAGCACUGGAGGAUCCCUGAUCGCCGUCUGUAAGGUCCACAUCCACCCGCACUACGUCUUGGACCGCUACGACAACGACCUGGCCCUGCUGUAUCUCUGUGAGAAUGUGACCCUAACCGAUAAUAGGGUUCAGGUGGUACCACUGGCCUCGGAAACUCCCAAUGACAAUGCGGAGGGCAUCGUCUCCGGCUGGGGCCACACCUCGUCGAGCAGCUUGUGCCUCUUGUGGAGCAAAAUGAUCUCGAUUCUUGCUCGGGUAAGAUUGUUCUGGAUAGAUUUCCUUACACCCAGAUCGCAGCAGUUGCAGCAGGCCAACGUGAAAAUCCUCAACUGGCAGCAGUGUGCAGCGGAUCGAUCGAUCUUUGGACAGUUCAACCCCAUCCAAGGCAUCUCCGAGCGGACCCUCUGCACCAUUGGGGUUGGGGCACUGGCACUGGAACGGGCGCCUGCUACUUCGACGAGGGCGCUCGUCUGGUAG